AGUGCCUCUCGCACGCACACACUGACACGCGCGCACACACUGACUGGCCCGAGCAUCCCGGCACCGAUUACUCCCUCCUUAUCCUCCAGUCCAUCACUCAUGUCGGGGCUGCAUGAGCGGCUGUAGCUCCAGAAGAGCGGCUCUGUCCAGAUUUACAGGUGGCUCUGCAGCCGCUCCGCUCUCUGCUGCUGGCGGCUAACUAACGCUGGCUAAUUGCCCCUGCUGCUGCUGCUGCUGCCCCUGCUGCUGCUGCUGCUAUUGUUUGCUGUUGCAGUCCCUCAUCAAACACACCACAGAUGUUGUAGACCGAGCUCCUUAAGUUUUCUCUUGCAGACUGUCGUUGUGUCAAUACUUGUUGAGAGGCUGUGUGGCAAUGAGCUAGGAGGUGAAUGCAGUCAAGCUUUUCUGAAACACUGGGGUUGUUGGUGUGGCCAAAUUUUCCCUGGAUUUGACUGGUAAAUUCAGAAGACUGAAGCCCAGGCUCACAGUCUACCUUUCACGGAGGCCCAGCCGUGAGAGGACUGAGGAAGGCACGUGGCGGAUCAUGACGGCCGACAAAGAGAAGGAACGGGAGAAAGAGCGGGACAGGGACAGAGACAGGGACCGGGACAAACGAGAGGCCGGUAAGUCCCGCCGGCAGGACGGGGACCGGGGGGACCGGGAGAGCGAGAGCUCCAGGCCCCGGCGCAGUUGCACGCUCGAGGGCGGGGCCAAGAACUAUGCAGAGAGCGAGCACAGCGAGGACGAGGACAACGACAAUGGUAGCACCGGCGGAGGCAGCGGCACGGCCGAAGAAGCCGGCAAGAAGGGCAAGAAGAAGAUGCCCAAGAAGAAGUCCCGCUACGAGCGGACGGAGAACGGAGAAAUCACGUCGUUCAUCACAGAAGAUGAUGUUGUUUACAGACCCGGAGAUUGUGUGUACAUUGAGAGUCGGCGGCCCAACACUCCUUACUUCAUUUGUAGCAUUCAGGAUUUCAAACUGAGUAAACGGGACCAUCUGCUGAUGAAUGUGAAAUGGUACUACCGCCAGUCAGAGGUGCCUGACUCCGUCUACCAGCACCUGGUCCAGGACCGCAACAAUGAGAACGACUCGGGCCGGGACCUGGUCAUCACAGACCCGGUGGUCCGGAGUCGAGAGCUCUUCAUCUCCGACUACGUGGACACUUACCAUGCUGCUGCUCUCAGGGGGAAAUGCAACAUUUCCCAUUUCUCCGACAUUUUUGCUGCCAGGGAGUUCAAAGCCCGCAUCGACUCCUUUUUCUACAUCCUGGGAUAUAAUCCAGAGACCAGGCGACUAAACAGCACACAAGGGGAGAUCCGAGUGGGACCCAGUCACCAAGCCAAGCUCCCCGAGCUGCAGCCCUUCCCCUCCCCUGGCGGCCAGGCCGUGACCGAGAACGAGGAGCUGGUCUGGAUGCCCGGGGUCAACGACUGUGACCUUCUCAUGUACCUCAGAGCCGCAAGGAGCAUGGCUGCCUUCGCAGGCAUGUGCGACGGAGGCUCCACAGAAGACGGGUGUCUCGCAGCCUCGAGAGACGACACUACAUUAAACGCACUUAACACUCUACACGAGAGCAGCUACGACGCAGGCAAGGCCCUGCAGCGCCUGGUGAAGAAGCCCGUCCCCAAGCUGAUCGAGAAGUGCUGGUCGGAGGACGAAGUGAAGCGCUUCAUUAAAGGGUUGAGACAGUUCGGCAAAAACUUCUUCAGGAUCCGGAAAGAGCUGCUGCCCAACAAAGAAACGGGAGAGCUCAUUACGUUCUACUACUACUGGAAGAAGACCCCCGAGGCGGCCAGCUGCCGAGCCCACCGCCGACACCGCCGCCAGCCCGUCUUCCGCCGCAUCAAGACGCGGACCGCCUCCACGCCCGUCAACACCCCCUCCCGACCGCCCUCCAGCGAGUUCUUGGACCUCAGCUCGGCCAGCGAAGAUGACUUUGACAGCGAAGACAGCGAACAGGAGCUGAAGGGCUACGCCUGCCGCCACUGCUUCACCACCACCUCCAAGGACUGGCACCACGGGGGCCGCGAGAACAUCUUGCUGUGCACCGACUGCCGCAUCCACUUCAAGAAGUACGGCGAGCUGCCCCCCAUCGAGAAGCCCGUGGACCCGCCGCCAUUUAUGUUCAAACCUGUCAAAGAGGAAGAGGAUGGACUCAGCGGGAAGCAUAGCAUGAGGACCCGACGGAACCGAGGCUCGAUGUCGACGCUACGUAGUGGUCGUAAGAAGCAGACAGCCAGUCCGGAUGGCCGAGCCUCGCCAACCAACGAGGACCUGCGCUCCAGCGGGCGCACGUCGCCCAGCGCCGCCAGCACGGACAGCACCGACAGCAAGACGGACUCCAUGAAGAAGCCGAGCAAGAAGAUUAAAGAAGAAGCUCCUUCACCGAUGAAGAGCGCCAAGCGGCAGCGGGAGAAGGGGGCGUCGGACACGGAGGAGCCGGAGAGAACCGGCGCCAAGAAGACCAAGACACAGGAGCUGAGCCGGCCGGACUCGCCGUCGGAGUGCGAGGGCGAAGGCGAGGGCGAGAGCUCUGACGGACGCAGCAUCAACGAGGAGCUGAGCAGCGACCCGAAGGACAUCGACCAGGACAACCGCAGCUCCUCGCCCAGCAUCCCCAGCCCGCGCGACAACGAGAGCGACUCGGACUCGUCGGCGCAGCAGCAGCAGCUGCUGCAGAGCCAGCACCCGCCCGUCAUCCAGUGCCAGCCGGGCGGCGGCGCCGCCUCCUUGGCCCCGCCCCCGCCCACGACGUCGGCCCCCUCGCUGCCCCCGCAGGUCUCACCGACCGCGGCCUCCGCCUCUCUACCUCCCCAGCCGCUGCCCCAGGCGAGCCCCCUGUCUCUGAUCCAGUCCGGAGCGUCGCUCCACCCUCAGAGGCUUCCCUCGCCGCACUCGCCCCUCACUCAGGCUCCGCCCCCCGGCCCGCCGGUCCCUCCUCAGUCCUUACCCAGCCCGCACCACGGACCCAUGCCUCCCAUGCCACACCCCCUGCAGCCCGGCCCCUCGCACACGCCCCACCCGCUCGCCAUCACCCCUCAGGGAUUCCCCGUGGGCCCGCCUCAGGUCCCGCCCCCGCCGGUCUCCGGCCAAUCGCAGCAGAGGCCUCACUCGCCUUCCCCCCAGUCGCAGUCGUCCUCUCAGAGCGGAGGCCAGCCUCCCCGGGAGCAGCCGUUACCCCCCGCCCCCAUGUCCAUGCCUCACAUCAAGCCCCCGCCCACCACGCCCAUCCCUCAGAUGCCCACGCCCCAGUCCCACAAGCACCCCGCCCACGUGUCCGCGCCGCCAUUUCCUCAGAUGCCUUCAAACCUGCCUCCGCCGCCGGCCCUCAAGCCCCUCAGCUCCUUAUCCAAUCACCACCCGCCCUCGGCGCACCCGCCCCCCCUGCAGCUGAUGCCCCAGGGGCAGCAGCUGCAGCCGCCGCCGGCGCAGCCGCCGGUCCUCACGCAGUCGCAGACGCUGCCGCCGUCGGCCGGCCACCAGCCUCCCCCGGCCCCUCCCCUGCCGCCCUCGGCGGCGGCGCCGCACCCCAACGGACCGCCUCAGCCGCCGUUCUCCUCGCACCCCUUCAACACAGUUCUACCUCCGACCGGCCCCCCUCCCUCCUCGUCGGCCCCCAUGCCCGGCCUGCAGCCGCCGCCGCCGCCGUCCUCCGCCGCGUCCUCGUCCAUCUCCAUGCCGCUGCCCGCCUCGGUGCCGUGCGCCGGGCCGGGCCAGGCGCUGCCGCCCGUGCACAUCAAAGAGGAGCCGCUGGACGAGACGGAGGAGCCGGAGAGCCCCCCUCCCCCGCAGAGGAGCCCCUCCCCCGAGCCCACCGUGGUCAACACGCCCAGCCACGCCAGCCAGUCGGCACGGUUCUACAAGCACCUGGACCGCGGCUACAACUCCUGCGCCCGCACAGACUUCUACUUCACGCCGCUCGCCUCGUCCAAACUGGCCAAGAAGCGGGAGGAAGCUCUGGAGAAAGCCAAGAGAGAAGCGGAGCAGAAGGCGCGGGAGGAGAAGGAGCGCGAGCGGGAGCGAGAGAAGGAGCGAGAACGAGAGCGUGAGCGGGAGAAGGAGGCGGAGCGAGCGGCGGUGAGCGGCCGUCUGUCUUCUCUUUCUCUGCUUCAGGGUUUUCUCUGUUCCUCAACACGUCUUCUCUUCCGCCCGCAGAAAGCUUCCAGCUCCUCCCACGAGGGCCGGAUGGGCGAGCCGCAGAUGACCGGCCCCGCCCACAUGCGGCCGCCGUUCGACGGCCCGCCCACCACGAUAGCCGCCGUGCCUCCGUACAUCGGCCCCGACACGCCGGCGCUGCGCACGCUCAGCGAGUACGCGCGGCCGCACGUCAUGUCGCCCACCAACCGGAACCACCCCUUCUUCAUGUCGCUGAACCCCGCCGACCCCCUGCUGGCCUACCACAUGCCCAGCCUGUACAACGCCGACCCCGCCAUGCGGGAGCGCGAGCUGCGGGAGCGCGAGAUGCGCGAGCGGGAGAUCCGGGAGCGCGAGCUGCGGGAGCGGAUGAAGCCGGGCUUCGAGGUGAAGCCGCCGGAGAUGGACGCGCUGCACCCCUCCACCAACCCCAUGGAGCACUUCGCCCGGCACGGCGCCAUCACGCUGCCCCCCAUGGCCGGCCCCCACCCCUUCGCCUCCUUCCACCCGGGCCUCAACCCGCUGGAGCGCGAGCGGCUGGCGCUGGCGGGGCCGCAGCUGCGGCCCGAGAUGAGCUACCCGGAGCGGCUGGCGGCCGAGCGGCUGCACGCCGAGCGCAUGGCCACCGUGGCCAACGACCCCAUCGCCCGGCUGCAGAUGUUCAACGUGACGCCGCACCACCACCAGCACUCGCACAUCCACUCCCACCUCCACCUGCACCAGCAAGACCCGCUCCACCAAGGGUCCGGGGCCCACCCGCUGGCCGUGGACCCCCUGGCAGCCGGACCGCACCUCGCCCGCUUCCCCUACCCGCCCGGCGCCAUCCCCAACCCGCUGCUGGGCCAGCCGCCGCACGAGCACGAGAUGCUGCGCCACCCGGUGUUCGGUACCCCGUACCCGCGGGAGCUGCCCGGCGGCCUGCCCCCGCCCAUGUCGGCCGCCCACCAGCUGCAGGCCAUGCACGCCCAGUCGGCGGAGCUGCAGCGGCUCGCCAUGGAGCAGCAGUGGCUGCACGGCCACCACCACAUGCACGGCGGCCCGCUGCCCGGACAGGAGGACUACUACAGCCGGCUGAAAAAGGAGAGCGACAAGCAGCUGUGAGGGAGGCGGCGCCCGGCGGCGGCGGAUACAGAGCUGUCCUGCGAACACACCCAGCUUCGAAGAACAGGAAAAGGCCAAGUGGAUCGUCUGAGAAUCCUCCUGAUGUUCUUUUAGUUCCUGUCCAGGACUUCUUUUGCUUUUUGUUUUUAUUUUUGUUUUGUUUUUUUAUAUAUUAUUACUGUUCUUACUUUCCAGGACUUCCUUUGGUAUCUAGCCGGUAGUGACGACGUCGUUACUCGACUCCCGCAUGAAACGCUUCCCGACGUUCUUUUGUAGGUGCUAGAACGAGACACUGUGCUUACCCAGAGAAAAAAAACGAGAAAAAUAAAAAACCAACCGACCGGUCAGAAAUAACAAGUGCUAUCUUAAAUUCAACAUUUAUUUUAAUACAUUGUUGGAGGUUUUUCAUAAUUUUAAGAGAAGCUACCGCAUGGCGUUUUCCAGUCUGUACAUAGUAUAUAUAAACAUAUAAUUAUUAUUAUAAUUAUUAUUAUUAUUCCUCGGUGUGGACUCAAGUCGUUUCAGCCUCCAAUAGUUUUGAAGCAUUAUCCCUUGUUUCAGAGGGGAGCCGCCAUGGCAUUACCGGUGUCCGCCAGUCUGUCCCUCACACACACACACACGUCGCGUCGCGUCACGUCACGCCCGCCUCAUCCGUUCGUCAGAAUGUGUAAAACUCCGCGCGUUGAGUCCGAAGACACUUGAAGUGACUCGGUAGUCGCUGACACUUCUGUGGAGUGCCGAGUAUCGAGAAGAACCAACUUUGCACUGAAGGAGAAUCCUCGAGCUUUUA